CAACACUGGUUUAGAGUGUCAUAGCUAAGGUCACAGCUGUUCAGUAAUUUAAUUUUAAAACAAAUUUCCAGAAACUUGCGUUGUAAAAGAGAAAUUUAAAAGUUUUAAAGUAAUUAAUUGGCAUAUUUAAGAUGCCCAAGGUGCGCCGUAGUCGUAAACCUCCGCCAGAUGGCUGGGAACUAAUAGAACCCACACUCGAGGAACUGGAGCAAAAAAUGCGCGAGGCCGAAACGGAACCGCAUGAGGGCAAACGCAUUACGGAAUCACUGUGGCCCAUUUUCAAGAUCCACCACCAGAAGACGCGCUAUAUAUACGAUCUGUUCUAUCGCCGUAAGGCCAUUAGCCGGGAACUGUACGACUAUUGUCUAAAGGAGAAGAUUGCCGAUGGCAAUCUGAUUGCCAAGUGGAAGAAAUCGGGAUACGAGAACCUCUGCUGCCUGCGCUGCAUCCAGACGAGGGACACCAACUUCGGGACGAACUGCAUCUGCCGCGUGCCCAAAUCCAAGCUGGAGGAGGGUCGCAUCGUCGAGUGCGUCCACUGCGGAUGUCGCGGCUGUUCUGGAUAGAUCCCAUAUAGACCAUGUACAUGAUCUAUGAUACACCACCAUCCUCACAUAGCUCAGUAGGUUCCAUUCUAGAUUCCGCCUGGUUUCUCCAUAGUAUGUAAAUACCUUUUAAUACAAGCCACAAAUAUAUUUAAAAACAUGCAAAACAUUUGUAAGCCGCUGCAAUAAAACAAUUGUGUAAAUGACAAGGCGCCAAAACUAAAUGCUGUUAAAUAUCACAAGAGACUCCACAUAUUAAGGGGUUUAUAAGGAUCAGUUAACAAUCUUUUUUUUUACAAAUAAUUAUUCAAAAAUAAAAAUUUGUAGUAUAUUUAUAAUGAAAAUUGUACUUCAUUCCUGCUUAUAAAUGUUGUAAAUUAUCGCAAAUCCUUGACGAACAGUCGAUAAUAAUUAAUAGACUAUUUGUUUGGGAAUAUAGUAUCUUGUUUAGGGAUAUCUACAAGUACACAACUUUAUAUAACAUUUUCAAUAGAAUUUCAAGGGAAUAUAGCAUUUGAAAAAAUUCCAUUUCUUCUACAAAUAUUUGUACGUAAAUUUAUAAAUGUGAAUUAUCUCGCAUAUAUUUUAAGUUCACUAGAGUAAAUAUAAGAUUUUUUAAUCCUAGCUUAGAAAAAUUCGAAUCGUUAAGAGAAGUUAAUAAAACAGCUUUGCCACAUAAA